AUUCGUUUUAUAACUAAACUGAUCCAAGCGGGAUUAUCUAAUAUUCUCCCUCCACAAGUUCUUUUUCCGAGUGAGAGAGAAUGGCGUCCUCUUCUCAUCUCUCCGCUGUCCCUCAACGCUUCUCUUUCUCCCCUAAAACCUCUCCUCGUUACUCGUUCAACUCCAACUCAAUUGGGAUUCGAGUGAGAUCAAGUUUGGAAAAUGAGAGCUGCUCUUCUGAAGUUCCCAAGCAUUCCUUGGAAUCAAUCAAGGAAUCUCAAGCAUCAACAUCAAGGCGUCAGUGCAUUACUUGUUUAUGUUCUACUAUAGUGCUGAGUAGUAGUGCUGGAACCUCCAUCUCCAUCCCAAAGGCAAUUGCUUUAGAUGGAAAAGAAAGAGCUCUUUGCCGUAAUUGUGGAGGCAGCGGUGCUGUACUUUGCGAUAUGUGUGGGGGUACCGGAAAAUGGAAAGCUCUCAACAGAAAACGUGCUAAAGAUGUUUAUGAGUUUACGGAAUGCCCUAAUUGCUAUGGUCGGGGGAAACUUGUGUGUCCUGUGUGCUUAGGUACUGGUUUGCCAAAUAACAAAGGUCUUCUAAGGAGGCCUGAUGCACGGCAAUUACUUGAUAAGAUGUAUAAUGGUCGGCUAUUGCCUGGAUCUUGAGCCAAUCCGCCAAGUAGAAAAUUUUGGAAACAUUGCAAUUAUGGAAUUUUGAUUGUAAGACUAUGAAAAGAUGAAUGCAGCCAGCAGCACUAUCAGUGUAUAUAGUCUGAACGUUAUCUUUAUGUCUAGCACACAUUGGAAGCUUUUCUUCUUUAGACUAGCCCUUGAAAAAACCUAGCUUUGAUUUUGAAUAUGUAUGCUAUUUCAUUCAAAGUCGGCCCAAUCAGAGGACAGUGAACCAUCUUCUUUAUGUUCACUGUAGUGUAUAACAUUAAUUCAUUGAGCUAUAAGAGAACCUAAUGGUGCA